AAGAGCGAUUGAAAAAAGGAUCGGGAGGAUGAAAAAGAAAAAAAAAGAAAAAAAUCGUGCGCGAGAGACGGGCGAAGCGACGCGUUUUUUAUAAGGGGGGUCGGGAUCGCACGCGAUACGGAGCGGCGUCGAGGCGUAAAAAUGCGCGGUCGCUGAUUUGUGGAGCGAAACCGUAGUACAGGUGUGUUCAUAAAUCUGGUCCCUAACCUACCCCAAAAAGAGAGGAGCCCGCGGUGGCGUGCCUUCCGACGUCGCGUCGGGGUGAAAAGCGGGGAAAUAUACCCUCGCGAGGGUUCGGAGCGCGCGCGCGGGCGCGUCGCUAUUGCCGCGUCGGUCGCGCGCCUUCCACCGUGCAGUAGUGUUAUCGGCUCGGCGAGGCGGGUUGCGCGCUAAAAUGCGCUACGGCAUAGCGCCGAGGGUGGAACGAAGGGGGAUACACACGCCGCGGGGUGGAAAGUGGAAGAGGAGGACGGGAACUACGAGUUUCCGCGGAGAGGGUAGCGAUUGUGUCGGGAGUUGCGUUACAGUCGUGCCGCGCCACCCCUGGGAGUGAGACCGCGUGCGAGAAGAGGGUUUCAGGUACCUCCGAUAAUAAAGUAGUAAGCAAACGUCAAAAGUUACGAGGCGGUCGACCCGCGACCGGCGCUUUUUUUACGCGCUAAAAAUAAUCGGAGAAACUAAAACGUCGCGGUGUUCGAUAAUAUACACACACAGGGGUUCCGAUCGCAAACUCGAUCGCCUCGAUUAAAAAAAGAGAAUCGAUCCACGAUCGAGAAACAUCGUUUACCUACGUGCGUAUCGGGCAAAAUCGUGAACGAUUACCAAAAGUUAGAGGGAUUGGUGCUUCCGUCAGGCUUAGAUCGCUCCUCGAGCAAGACGAAUUCACCCUCCUACCCAUGGCAUCGAGGAAACUCGCUGCUGUUCUCGGAGCCAUUCUACAUCUCUGCUUUUGUCAAAAUUCGCCGGAAGUUAAACCAGAGUUUUUGGCUGCGCUGGAGAAUCAUACGGUAACUCAAGGUCGCGACGUGUCCUUCACCUGCGUCGUCAAUCACCUGCAGAUGUACAAGGUUGCCUGGAUCAAAUCAGACUCGAGAGCGAUACUUGCCAUCCACACUCAUAUGGUCGCCCACAAUCCUCGGAUAUCCGUAACCCACAAUGGUCACAACACCUGGAAAUUGCACGUUGCAAACGUCCAGAAAAACGAUUCCGGUACUUACAUGUGUCAGGUGAACACCGACCCGAUGCGUAGUCAGAACGGUUAUAUGGAAGUAGUAAUCCCACCUGACAUACAAGACGAGGAUUCGUCGGACGAUCUGAUUACCCAGGAAGGUGGGAACAUCCGACUACGAUGUGAGGCCACAGGAACACCGAUGCCGAACGUUACUUGGCGUCGCGAGGAUGGGCGUAACAUAAUCCUGCGAGCCGAUGGUCAGAAACAAGCGGUCAAGGUGUACGAAGGUAAGACACUGGAGUUGGUUGGCGUCCUCCGUCAGGAAAUGGGCUUUUAUCUCUGCAUCGCCAGCAACGGGGUACCUCCGAGCGUAAGCAAACGGUACUUGGUCAACGUCAACUUUCCACCUCUGAUCAAGGUCACUAACCAGCUAGUCGCCGCCCCCGUUGACAGAGACGUGGUGCUUCAAUGUUACGUCGAAGCUUCUCCGCGAGCCAUGAACACCUGGUACAAGGACACAGGUGAAAAAUUAUUACCAAACGACAAGUACAUGAUGGCAGAGACGACGUUGAGCGACUACGCUUGGCAAAUGAAUCUUACGGUCCAUUCUCUUGAGAAAAAGGACUUUGGCGGUUACGUGUGUUCGGCAGAAACUGCUCUUGGUAAAGCGGAAGGCGUCAUUCGACUUCAAGAGUUACAUUUGAUGCCAAAGACGACGCCGGUGAGUUUAACGAAAAACACGGACCAGGGACCUCGAAGGAAACUGAAAAAAGAAGAGGAAAGAAAUCGAAAGAAGAACAGACGGCCUUACGGAAAACACUACGGGGACGGCGAUGGGUCCAUCGGGAGUGACGACGACUUUGGAACUACCCAAAGAAUGGGAGGAAGCACGCAGGACCUUCAUCGUACGGAAGGACCUUUGACGGUACCCUCCCUGUCACCGCCUUGGGUGAUCAUUAACGCGGCAACUAGAGAGCAUUUUUUUCCUAUAACAAACGUAAUACUGAUAUUAUUAUUGUUCAUGAUAAUUCUAUAAAGUGGAUUCAGAGAUACCGGCAAGCUUUGCGUGUUAUCGUAUCGUCAAUGAUCAUCGCGUUUAUACCCGCGAUCGCUGCGUUGUCGAUCUUAUUACAAUAAUUUUAAUAUCAUUUAUCUACUAUAACCAUGAUUGUUAUUACUGCCAAAUUAUUUUAAAAUAUGAAAUUUGUAAAUAAAUAGCAAUGAUGAGCACUCAAUCGGAAUGGGAGUAUUAUAGUAAUGAAGAUACGGGCUGUUUGAUAUUACAUUAAUUAUACAUGACGAACUAUAAAAUAUAUUAUGUACCGUAAAACAGGGGUGGUAAUUAUUAAUUAAUUAUUAUACUAGUGGAGAAUGGAGGUAAAAGUAUAGCAUAUACAAUAAUGUAGGCGUAUACUUGCAAGGGAGAUCGGGUAAAUAUUGAAUCCUUAGCUCUAAGAAUUACCCAUACAAAAUAUUCGGUAUGUAUGACGUGGCAUAUUAAAUUUAGAUGUAAAAAUACUAUAUCUAUUACGAUAUAGGUACAUAUACCGUAUCAAUACUAAAUGGGGCGAUGGACCGAGUGACCUCGAAUUAAUUCAUGUAAUACAUACAUAGUAAGAAAAGUGCAGCGAUGAUAUUAUAAUAUUGUACGGAUGAAAUAUUGUUUAUCAAUAUGUUACACAAUUCUUCAUUAAUUCAUAUCAAAAUUGAUGUAAAUCCUACGCAGCGGAAAAUAAUCUACCGGUAUGAUUACUGCGACGUUUGAUUAGAAGCAAUGUAAAUAUGUAAGCGUAAUUAAAGAUUCAGUUUGUCCGAAUUGAAUGAUUAACAAGCAGGAGAAAAUUUUUACUCACAUGGAAUGUAACUGUUAUCAAUUUUAUGAUUUUUUUCCGGUAUGUCUAUCAACGCCCAAACGAAGCGAUUACUUCAACCGACUAUCUUUAUAAUUUAUAGAAAACAUAACGCAUAUUAUGUAUAAGGGUGCAGGAGUCAUUCUUCCAAGACGUUCUUCCAUGAUAUUUGAUGAAGAAAAAAAAAAAUAAUCAAAAUGAAUAAUAUUUUUCUAUUCAUUCUAUGUAUUGUAUAUUUAAAAUCAAUCAUAUUUUCAUUUCUAGUAUAGAUGAACUUUUGAUUUUUAUUAUUUGUUUUUGAAUCAUAGUGUAAAUAGGCUUCACCCGAAAAAUUUCUGUACUGAUUUGGGGUUGAUUGCAAAUAGUCAGAGAACUCGGUCAGAAAUAUUCUCAGUUAGGACAAACCCGUGUGCUAAUGAUUAAGCCAAACAACCACCGACCGAGGCAACACUUGUUAUACUUAUACCGCCUAUACGUAUUGUAUGUAUACCUAAUACGACUAUACUUGCAUACCGACGUUCAUCGUUAUCCCAUUAAUGUCGCAUGUAUCUAAUUUACGAGUUUUCAUUGAACCUGACAGAAUUCAUAUGGGCACAUUAAUGUCAACAAGGAUUAGAACUAUGGAAUUGAGGUCGUACUUCGCCUAAGCUGAUCUAACAAGGAGGUUCAUUACGUUCGAGGAAACGGGUGGUUCGUUUGCCUACAAUCAAAGUCAAGAUCUAAUAAGGGAAAUUCGGUAAAUAGCUCCUCCAGAGCAAUAACGAUCGCUUUAUACGGUCCGCACCACGUACCUCGGACAUAAUGUACACGACCAAGUUUGGAAUUUGAUACUGCUUCAUUGAUCCGAUCAAAGGUUUUGAUUUUGUUGUUUCCUUCGGACCAUUCAAUGCAUUUAUUCGUUGCUGAUUUCGGACUGGCCCUUCGAGCUACGUAGAAUGUUUCUUGACGCUAAUUUAGCGAACAAUGAAAAGUUUCGCGCAAACGUUAUUAUGUAUGUUUAGGCUGCGAAAUAUUCUUACCGAAGUGUUGUCGGUUAUUGAUUAAGUAUUCGUUAUAAUAAUGUGACCAACGGUAUUGUUAGAAAAUUACAAAGAAUUCAAAAAAUUUUUUGUAAAUAAAUACGUAUUAGCACGGAAUUGCCUCUAUUGUGGUAAAUUAAUACUUUUCGUUGCGCCAAAUCGCUGUGCUAAGCUUAUUCAAUAACUAAAUAUAAACGCGGUGUCGUGACAAUAAAAUAUAUAUUGGCAUAGUUCGUACUAGGUAACUGUUCAAAGAAUAUAAAUGAACGGUCAUACCUAUAUUUAAUGGUUGAUUAAAUAUAUAAUGAUGAACCAGAAAUCGAAAGGUUCUUUUUCGCAUAAAAAUAAAGGUGUUUAAAUUAAGUACAAAAUACAGAAAAUAAUAAAUAAUGCAGAAAUAUUAUACAUAGAUUAUACAUAUUUGGCAACGACACAUAUGAAUUAUGUAGGACCACGGUAAAUGUACAUAAAUAUAACAUUAUUCACUAAACAUUGAAAAUACCACGCAGCAUAAUUAUUGAAUUGUAAAUAUUUAUAAUUGAAUGUUGAAUUUCACGAGUCGCGGUAUUAACUAACGUUGUUAAUAAUUGCAUAUAAAAGUUGAUUAGAUUUUAUAUCUAAAGGAAAAUUACUUCAUGUACGGUGCUGUUAUGAUAAAAAUGAAAAAAAUGUUUUGCCAUGUAUGAAGUAGACGUUGAAAUAUCUACGGGCUUAGGCGUCAUUUCCGAAAGAUGAAUGUUCCGGUUAUGCAAAGUUUCGUAUUUGUGCUAAUAAUCCAAACUUUCUUUCAACCUUAUUCAGAGCCAUUACCUACAUUUCUCAUGUUAAACAUUUUCCUGAUUAUGCCAGAUUUUUUUUUCAUCAAAAUUCGCCUCGGCCCUAAAUGAAUUACCAGUAACGAUUUCACGAUAAACAAGUCUCUAUUUUAAUUCCAAAAACGUAGAAAGACAUGAAAAACAAUCAACACAUAUUAAUAGUCACAUUGUGCAAUACACAAAUGUGGUGAGAAGCAUACAGUCGAAAUAAAACAAUGUUCAUAAAACCGUAUAAUAGCUCCGCGCAAUGAAGAACAAUAAAAAAAAUGUAUCAUACAUAAUUUAUUAUAGGGAUCUCGCAUAUUUUGUACCCAUGUCGUGUACAGAAAAGAAAAAAAAGUUCUACAUUUUCAUUUCGCAAGUAAUAGAAUGUAAAUGACAUUCGUGUACGUUAAAGAUGGGGGUUUAAGGUACAGUUGUAAUAAUAUUUUCUGCGUUUUACAAGAUAAAUAACAUCGUUUAUCUUUUUAUAACUUUUAUUAUUAAUAAUUGCCUUCGUAAACGUUAAAAUAACCAAACUAAUCACUAGUUCACGAUUUGGAGUUGAAGUAAAGGAUAGAACGACGUAUAAUAGGAAUAAUAUGAUGUAUAAUAUUAUUAAAUUCAGACAAUAAAAUGUUUAUUAUCGAUGUUAA